AUGUUUCAGGAUUGUGUGUGGCUAUGUACGACAUGCUUUCAGUCUACAGCCAAACCGUCAGAUAAACAAGAAAACAUGUAUUUGGAGAACAUCAAUGGCAGAUCUAGUCAACAGGAGACAAAGAAAAUUAAACACCCAUCCGUUUCAGACCCAUUCAAGGUUCAUCAACCUUUACUGAGAUCCAAUGUAGAACCAACUACAAAUGCUGUAACAGAGCUUACCAGGGUUCAACAACCUGUCUUUACAACUGACCCAAAGACUUGUAGAAUUCAGCAUCCUAUAUUGGGAACUGCCAUAGAAUUACCUAAAAUUCAGAAACCUGUAUUAGUAACUUCCGCAGAACCUUCUAGAAUUCAGCAACCUGUAUUGGGUAUGGCAGCUAAGUCACGCCAGACCGUUCAAUCAGCAUCUGCUAGCAGCUCUCUGUUACAUUUUCCACAACCAAUCACUAACCAGAGUUUCGUUAAAAGCGAACAGACAACACCAAUCAAUUUUCCAAGAGACAAGGAUGUAACAGCUGUAGCUGAUGGGUCUGAGAACGUUCAUUAUGAUUUGGAUGGUCAAGUGGACGGAGCUGAGGACACGUUAUCUGAUGCAGAUCAUUUCAACAUCGUUCCUAGUCUCAUCAGUUACAAAACUGAUGGAGAAGAUGAAGAGUACGAGAAGGAAGGUGAGGAGGAGGAAGAAGAAGAUAGCGACGAAGAGUUAGAUACUCCUUCGGUUUUACAACCACUGGUGUUUUUUGACCGCAGCCCAGGAGAAGUGUACACCAUUCCAGAAGAAGAUGACGAACCUUUGUCUCCAACGCAGUCCCGCAUGGCCGGGUCAGACUUGAAUUCCGAUACUGCAUCUUCUCUGAUUCGCUGGAGAGGCAUGGGCCAAUCAUAUCGUAGAUCAUCCGAGCUAACAGCACAAGAAAUAUCCUCGUCAGACGCCAAUCCCACAAAUCGGAUAGGACAUCAGGAUAUCUUGUUUUCGCAGCAAGUUUGUGGUGCAAAUAUAAAUCCACUAGGUGGCGCUGAUUGGCAGCAACAUUCGAAAGCAGAACUAAGAUGGAUACAGUCAGGCGGCAAAGGACAAAAUUAUUAUGUUUUAUCAGGAGACCCAAGUUUGACCACAACAGUAAGGAGUAUAUGUUAUUCUACGCCACUAACAAGAACAGUACCGUUAACCUCAGUUUCUGAGUAUGUCUCCCAAAAGGAAGAAAACCCUAGCAGAACCGAAUUGCAAGAACACGAGACAGAAAACACGAAACCUGAUACCGAGGGUUGGUCAUUAAUGUCAGAUCUGUCUCCAGUUACAGAUCGAGAGAAAGGUGAACAUGUCGUCCAGACAUCAAUACCAAGAGCUACUAGCGGUACCAUUUCUGGAAUGAUAGCAGACUUUAAUAAAGCUAUUGGAAUUUCUCGAACUUCACCAACAGAACAUAAGCUGGGAAAUGUUUCUCCUCGUAAAUCAUUAGUUUCUGAACUUGACGUAAAAAGCAAAUCUCUAAACACCAUUCCACUGGCGUCUCAGAAUUCAGAGGAGUAUCAGAUCUCUUCGUCCUCCAACACCAACUUUCUCACUCCUGUUCAUCGACAUCUUCCACAGUUAGAGAUAUCGACGAGACGAGUCCACAGACGGCUUCCCCAGCCUACCGUGGAACAGAUGCAAGCUGCUGUAGCAAUGGCUCCAAAAGGGGAAUGUAAGGAUUCAACAGAUCCACAGAACUCUACAAUAACUACAGAAAUACCAGUGACGUCAGCACAGCAGGAUCCGUCGUCAGGUGUUGUCAAAGAUAAGAACCAACUCGAUCGUGAAGUGCAAGUUACCAAUGUUGAUCUUACUACAAGGAUGGAUCCUCAAAUUCACCAAGAAGAUUCUUUUUCUAAAGAACACCCCACGAACCAAAAGGCCACUGUUAGCACUCACUCUGUGGAGUCUCACACAUUCUUAACGUGCAGAGCAUCUUCGCCAUUAUCAACUGCCACAAUGCCUUCUGCGGAUUCAGUCCACAUUCUUGAUGGCGCUAUUAAGAAAAACAUGGAACCUCCUCAUGUUUCUCUUAAUUCAUCGUCUGUAGAAAUGAAAUUUUUUGCUGAUGAAAUGGAUAAAAGUGUUCCCAAAAAUACUGAGAAAGUUGGUUUCAACCACAUCGAUUCAUCUUCCCAUUUUUCGAAACUACAAACUGAACAUGAAGCUAAUCAACCAUCUGGAACUCCAAAAAGUAAAGCUGGUGACGCACAAAACGAGGAUGGUAAUACAGUAUUUGGGAAAGUUCGCAGGAAGUUGCCUUUUCUUCCUCAGGACCAAAAGUCUUCACGGAGAGGAAAAGAUCGAAGUCGGAAUCUUUCUAUAGCUAAUGGUUCACUAUAUUUUAUGAAUAAACGGCGAUCCUCAUCACUGGACAGUACUUCGUCUACUGAUGACCUGAUAAGUGAGACACUCAGUGAUAACUCCAUGAAACAGUUCGACACUUUUAUCAGUGAGAUGUCAGGACAGCCUUCGAGCGCAUCCGUUUCGCCAAAGAAACAGACUUCUCAGACUCACAGUUCUUCUUAUCUCACAUCUACCCUGGGAAUGUCAGAGGCAGUUUCACAACGUCUUGGAUUAGCUGAACUCAGCUUAGUCAGUUCCAGAUUACCUAAAUACAUGCAGAACUUAAAACAACAACUACGUGGAGAACUGAGAUCCGUUACAGAGGAGCGAAAACGACUUCUGGAGAUUAGAGACAAAAGUCGAGACCUGGCUUCUAUACUUCCUCCUUUCUGGUUCGAAAACCCAGCAACGUGUGUUUAUACUGGAACAACACAUAUCACAGCGUCACCAUCAACCGGAACUGUGUCCUCAACUCAGGACCUUCUUAGGAAGCCCAGACAUCACAAACAUCAUACAUUACUUCAAUUUUCUCCAAUUAAAGAUAUCUAUGAUAUGGACCCCAGUGAAGUGUCCCUUAAAGUCCAACAUGUAACAAGGAAACCAGUAAAAGCCCUUGAAUUUGAAUGUGUUGAUCAGUUCCUAAAUUAUGAACAUUCUAGUUGGGAACAAGAUAGCAGUGAACUUAAAGAGUACGUGAUUUCUGAUAACGAAAGGUAUAAACCUUCUCGUGACGAAACGGAAGACUGGAGCCUCGAAUAUCUUGGGAAUAUUGAUGAAGACUCACCAAGGAGAAGAGUGGCGGAAAAGAUAUCUCGCCAGCCGAGAUCAUGGCACCCAUCUCCUUACGUGUCUGAAGAUGAAGACGAUCAAACGUCAAGAGAAGAAAUGAAAACCAAAAUUAAGAACGAGAUCGCUCGACGUCGACAACGUCUAGAGGAAGACUGUAGAUUGUAUGACCAAUUACAUAAGAUAGCUAGAGAAAGAGAUACGGGAAAACAAACAGGGUAUCCACCGAGUCAGUCAACAAUGUGUGGUGCAUCUUCCAGCAUUGGUUGUGGUAGUGAAACGUAUCGCCCUAGUCACAAUUACCAAAUACGCCCUUCUGAUACCGGAAGUACAAGGAACGUCCUUAAAGCAAUUGACGAAAUAUUGAAGAAAGGUAUCGUCAGAUGUAUUCCUACUUGGUCAACUGAACGUAGCGGAGACUCAAAGCCCCUAUAUACAACAGCGCCAUCUGCCUAUUCGCUCUCGAGCUACGAGUAUUUAACGCACACUGGUGCUGGCCUCAAGCGGCCUGCUAACGAACAACUUGCAAGAUUUCGAGAAAAGCAUAUAGAAGACGAAAACAUAGAAAUAAUAGAUUCAUCGUUUAGCACUGAAGAAUUAGCCAGUAAAAGUGCUAGAAUACUGCCCCAACGACACCCUCGAUCUGAGUGUAUGUCAGAUGUGAAGAAAAUUGAUACCCCUGGUGGUAAUAAAGAAAUCACCCCUGCCAUGCCUUUGUUGCCCGACUUACCAGCACGUUCUCGUAAACUUCUAGAAAACCUUGGAUGUUCAUCGGUUGUUAGUCAGGAUG